CUAAAUAAAAUUUGGGUAUUUGAAAAGAGUAGUGUGGUAAUUAUGGCGGAUGCUACAGUACAACAAAAGGAAAGGAGUCCCCCACCACAGACUGCUGGCUGGCUGGCUUGGUAUUGGUGAAAGCCUAGCGAAGCUAGCUUGCUACAGUACCAUGCAUAUUACCCUUUUUUAAUUUAUUUUUAUUUCUUUCUAUUUUCUAUUGCGGGAAAAAAAUGCAAAGCCUGCCUGUCUUCUUCCCAUCCAGGCCCAUCAUUAAAAAAGCCCAGUGGCCUACGGGUAGCUAUCAGUAGCCUACGAGACUGCUUUGGAAGGGAGCUAAAUAGAAGGGUAGGGCUAGAGGUACAGAAAGGCGACUUUACUUUUGUGUGUGUUUCUUUUGUGGUAUGCAAGCAUUGAGUAGGGUAAAGGGUUAGGCUACAUUUUCCGACCUCCUACACAUUCAUUCAUUCUCUAUAUAUUUUUCUUUUGGGGUUUAUAAAUUGCAUGGUUGGUCACUGAAACGUUACAGAUAACGUUCAGGUUUGGUCGCUCGAAAUAUCUAAAUUCAUUUGUGGUACUUUAGUUUGUUGAAAUCGUUCGCGUUUGGUCACACUCUCCGUUCUGUGACUAUGUACACUUUAAUGUAUUCUUUAUACCACUCUCCUUUCUUCCUGUUGCCAAAUAAAUGACCGUUAUUGGACCGUUCUGUGACUAUGUACACUCUAAUGUGCUAACUAACACGCACAUACUGAGCGUACUUAUUGAAGUUUCACUCAAUAUUUAUGGUUUGUUGGAGUGGUAUAAGAUACAUAAUAACCUUCUCUUAUCAAUUCGAGUUAUUAACAUGACAUCAGAGCUUGUUUGGCGAAGUGGUUGUGUGUGUUUGAAUUUUCGCGACCCCCAAGCUUAACAGCUAAUUAAAGCACAAGGUAUGGUGCGAAUGUGCAUAUAUACCUCAAGCCCGUGAGUUGACUUUCGUUUGAGCGAGCACAUAAGAGAGUGAUCAUUAACACGACACAUCUUAACUCCCUAUUUGUGUAAAUCCGUUUUGUAACAUUUUAUUUAUGGUUUUUUUUUUAUUUUAAUAGUAUUUUUUGCCUCCCACCCCACUUAGCGUUUCCCUAGCUUAGGCCUGCGAUGGCAGUUGCCUUGGUGGAAGAUGAAAAUCGCCCAACUAGGAAACGACCAGUUAAACGGGAAUCGACAACACCCGAUUUGAAUAAUAGUGGUUUGAUUCCUGGAGGUAAUUCUUCUCCCUCUGCCGCAGAAUUUACAUUUUAUGAUAGAACGAAAGAGAGAAAACACUUUAUAAAUAAAAAAUAGUGAUAAUUGAAUAUGUAAUUAAGUCUAACUGAUUGAAACGUCGACUCUUACUAGUUGAAGAAAAUUCAAAAUAUGAAAAAUGCCAAUAAAUAUUAAAUACUGUAAGAAAUUGAGGUAAAGUGUGAAAAAACGUGACAAGACGGAUCCAUACCCAACCCCAUAUCGAAAAAUACCUGUCCAAUCACGAUCGAUCAGAUUGAAUAAUACCCGCGCGCGACAGUUUGAACAGUUCAAAAUUGCCAUCGCUACAUUCAACGUCCGCAUUUGCUUUGUUCUUCUUGACUAUAUAGAACUAAACCGGCCAUUUGUCUUUGCGGUUUCUAUGUUCUGCGACAACUGCCGCCUGCCGGCUAUUCCACCGCCGAAAGCACUCCUUCAAUCGCCGGCCGCCAAUUCAAGCUCACAAACCUCACUAUAAAGUCCAAGCUCAAUUCCCCCUCAAUCACCAGAAAACGAAAUCCAAACAAAAAUAUUGAGCAAAAAAAAAAAAAAAAAAUGAAGCCGGCGGCAGCUUUCCUUCCGGCACUCAUCCUCCUCUCCACACUCGCCUCCGCCGCAUCCCCUCCCCCGCCGGUCCUCGACGCCCGCGGCCACCCCGUCCACUCCGGCACCCUCUACAACAUCCUCCCUGCCGCCGCCGACGCCGCCCACCACGGCGGCGGCCUGACCCUCGACGUCAUCGCCAACCACAGCUACGCCGCCUGCAAGCUCGGAGUGUUCCAGGACGGGAACCCCUCGUCCCCGGGCCUUCCCGUCAAAAUCUUCCUCGCCGGCGGCGAGGAAGUGCGCGGUCCCUCCUCCGUCCCGACCGCCACGGAGGUCAACAUUCAGUUCGCGGCCUCGUCGACCUGCGCCCGGUCCACGGUGUGGAAGAUCGGCCGGUUCGACCGGGACGCGAAGACGUGGUUCGUGGUGGAUGGCGGCGAGAGGGCGAGCACUCCCGACCUCCGGUCGCCGGCGCAGAGUCUGUUCAAGAUUGUGAAGGUGGCGGUGGUGGGGGAGGGGAAGAAUCAUCAGGUUUUGUUCAAGAUCGUUUUCUGCCCGUCGGCGGCGUGUAAGGACGUGGGGAUUUUUGUGGAUGGGAAGACUGGGUACCGCAGGCUGGCGCUUGUUGACCAUGGGCCUUUGCUGGUCCAAUUUAAGAAGGCCUGAGUGUCAUCAUUGUGGGUCUAAAGCCCAUUUAUAACUGGAUUGAGUUAUAGACGGGACUGGACUCUUCCGGCCGGGAUUAAGAAGGCUUUUUUUUUUACUGGUUUGGAGUGCGCCUUUAUUGACUUGUUGCGUUUGGUUAAGAGACUUUCCUUUUUUUUCCCCCUUUCAUCGCGAGUGUUUGUUUUGGUUAUGGCAUUAAUUAAUAUUAUUAAUAUGAAUUUAUUAUAAUGAAUAUAUAAUCAGUGAGAAUUAUGUCUAGAAGGUAAAUAGAUUGAAUUUCUGGAU